GACAACAUAAGCCUCCACAGCUCCCAGUUCACGCACCCUUCCGCGGCAUCCGACGCACGAAUUGCCCAGUAUGGAAAGCGCGGCUGCUCCCAGCGAGAACUUAGCAAGCCUGCGUGCGUGCGACCAGUGCCGGACGCGCAAGAUCCGCUGUGAUAAAGAGAGGCCGUGUGCGAGUUGUCGCGCUUCGGAUCUGGUUUGUCAGGCGGUUGGAGGGAGGCCGAAGGAGCAGAGGCAACGGGUGCUGAUUUCCAGUAAAUAUGAGUCCAAGAUCGAUGCAAUCGGAGAUCGGCUUGCCGGUAUCGAACGAGCAUUGCGAGACAUGAAAGCGACGACGCCGCAGUUGGCUACACCACAGAAUGUGCAACCAUCACCGUCUCCUUCGGCGUACACAGUCAGCGUCACACCCACUGCCUUGCCCGCGUCCAAUAUCCAGCACUUCGAAGGUGAUACGUCUCUGAGUGCCUAUUCGACUUCCACAAACGAUCAGCUGCAAAAGGCGCUUCGCAAUACGCAACUACUGCAACAAGACCCUGACCUUGCUGCUGCUUUGACGUCCCUUAGCCAGAUUGUAUCAACCCAAAAUGUGUAUCCCGGCGAAGAUGAAAUCUCAAAUGUUGGGAGAACCGCAAAGAAUCAGCAAAGAUACGGUGUCCCCCCAGCAGAGGUCGUAUCCCACGUGCUGCGCGAAUGCGAGGAAAUCUACGAUACGGUUAUUGGACUAUUUUACCCCGUCAGACCGUACAAGGAGAUCGUUGAUCUUUGCAAAGACUUGUACUUCAACAUCGAUAACAUCCCCGCGGCAAACCUGAUUGUUGCAUUUGGCAGCCUCUACUUCGUCUUUAGAGUUUAUCAGUUCGGUUUCAAAAAGGACGACCCACGCAUGGAGGAGUUCCAUGGGUAUACUGCCAUGUUCAUACGGAACAUGAUGGACCUGAUCGGUCUGCUUCCCGUGCUUAUGGCGCCUACUGUUGAUAACUUCGAAGCGCUUCUACUUGGUGCUUAUUACGCCGUCGAAUCUUCCAAACCCUCGUUGUGCUCUGCACUGAUUUCAAAGGCCAGCCAUCUCUGCCUGACUCUCGGGUAUCACCGCGCGGACUCUAUGGUCAAAGACUCAGCUAAGGUAAAAUUACGCAAAAUCAACCUGUUCUGGUUUCUGUACACCAUGGACAAAGGACUUUGCCUUCGCCUUGGGCGCGCCUCUUGUAUCCAAGAUUACGAUAUUGCCGUUCCUAUGCCUGUUCUUGGAACGGAAGAGGACUGUGCCGCUGGCAAUGGGCUGGUCAAGUUCUGGUGUUCCCUUGCUGGAAUUCAAGGGCGCAUCUACGAGGACCUGUACAGUCCUCGUGCGUUGAAACAGCCCAAGACUUUGAGAGCAGUCAAAGCUGAUGCCCUCGUCAACGACAUCAGACAAAUGUGGAACGAACAUGACCAAAUCGGAUACAUCCCUGGUACACCCGAGGAGACGCAUGAGGUCUUCAUGUUGGGGGAUAAAGUUACUUUGUCAACAACGCUUACUCUGGUGCUUCGGGCCGUGCCUUCAACAGACGACCAGCCAUUGUCGUGUAGUCAGGAAUGCAUCACUGCCGCCAGACACGCAUUGCAACUGCAUCAGACAUGUACAGCCAAGUUCGCAGACAUGACCGACAGGCAUGUUUUCCAAGAGUAUCUACAUUGGACUUUGUUACAUACACCAUUCACUCCGUUCUUGGUCAUCUUCUGCCACAUCAUUGAAACCCAAUCUACGAGCGAUCUGGCGAUGCUAGGCGAUUUUCUGCAAACCCUACAGCCGGCACGCGGCACAUCGAGUGCCAUCGAAAAGAUGUUCCUGGUCUGCGACGUAUUUCAUCGCGUUGCUAAGCUCUUCAUUGGUGCUGCUGCGAGAGAUCCCGGCUUUUCCAACCCUACGACGCCCGACCAACCAACACAAACACAGCUGAGAAAGGAGCUAGACCCGUUCAUGACGAGGAUUGGUAUGAACAACGCGUAUGAUGCUGCAUUUGGUGGCGAUGCGUUGAAUACCUACGCAGAAUCUACGCAACCGAACGCAACGUACGAUAUGAAUGCUUUUGCUUCGAGUGGUAAUAUGGGAGAAUGGUUCUCGGAGGAUCAACUGAUCACAACACUGUUAGGCAACCACUUCAACUUCAUGGAUCCCAAUUCAGCGCCUAUGAUGAACAAUGGCGGGCAGUUCAUGUAAAACUUGCGUAAAAUAAUCGCAGCCAUU